AUGGACGGGCCGGAGCCGGACACAACCCCCUUCGAUGCCAUAAGUACACAGAGCAACAAGCUCCUGAGGCAAUACCAAAGUUACCUCGACAAAUCAACCCCCUAUGUUGCCUACCGAUGGUCGGCAACCGCCGUGCUCCUCCUUCUCUUCUUCCUCCGCAUCAUCGUCGCUCAGGGCUGGUACAUUGUCGCCUAUUGUCUGGGCAUAUACCUGCUCAACCUCUUCCUCGCGUUCCUUCAGCCAAAAUUUGAUCCCAGUCUGUCGCAGGACGAGGGCCUCGAAGAUGGCGAGGGCUCAUCUUUGCCCACCAAGAAUGAUGAUGAGUUCAGACCAUUCAUCAGAAGACUACCAGAGUUCAAGUUCUGGCAUUCUGCGACAAGAGCCAUCACGAUCAGCUUUCUCUGCAGCUGGUUCGAAAUCUUCAACCUGCCAGUCUUUUGGCCUGUGCUUGUCAUGUACUGGCUAAUCCUCUUCUCCCUGACUAUGAGACGGCAGAUCCAACAUAUGAUCAAGUACCGUUACGUUCCUUUUUCGUUCGGAAAGGCCAAAUACCCGGGCAAAUAA